UUUGAGACGGACGAGAGGUCCGCGACGCCCAUGGGGACGUCGGUGGCCGGCGACCGCGACCGGGACGACCCCGUCGGCGUCAUCAUGGACCACUCCAUGGAGAUCGAGAGCAACGAGAGGAUGCGCAAGGAGAACCUGAACCGGUGGACGCUCAAGUUUAACGACCCCGAGAUGGAAAAUAAAUUCUGUUGCCUGAGGGAGGACAUGUUCAAGUCCAACAUGGUGUGCUGCUUCGUGUUGUGGCUCCUCAUCGUGGCCGGGCAGACCGUCAUGCUACCGGCCACGUUCGUCCUCGUCGGCUCCCUGACCGCCGCCACGGUCAUCCUGUCCGGCGCCAUCGUGCUGGUCAUGGCCGAGGAGUUCGCCUGGGUGCCGGCCAGCAUCCGGGCCAUGUCGUCGCUGCUCGUCAACAACCGCUUCUACCGCACGGCCUUCGUGUGCGCCGUCCUGGUCACCAUGGCUGUCUUCGCCUCCCUCAGCCUGGUGGUGUGCUCGUACAAUAUCCAGACAGGUAACGAUAUCGAGGUCAGCGGGAACGGCACCGUCACCACCACUUCCACCACCAGCAUCACCACGGGCACCGCCACCACAGUCUCCAGUAUCACAGUGGUGGUGCGCGCGGACCCGUUGCUGGGCCCGGCUCGCUGGGAGAGGCAGCAGGCCGCGCUCCGGCUCAGGCACCGUCGGGAUUGCGCGCAGUCCUGGCCCAACGCCUCCGCGUCCCCCUCCCGUUGCCGGCCCACGCGCGCCGCCCGACCCGUGGCCAACGGGACCGUCGAGCUCGCCGUCGAGGCGCUGCCGCAGCAGAGCGAGGUGAUGUCGAACAACAACUACAAGUGCGGCAACCUCACGGGGAGUGCGUGCAGGGAGUUCCUCAGCAAAGUGGGGUGCUCGUCGCCGGAGUACUCGGUGUACUCGUGGGUGGUGUGCCUGGUCGCCAUCGCCACCUGCCUCAAGCUCUACUUCCUCGUCAAGACCGCCCUGGCCGUGGCUCUGGUGGCGGCGCAGUCCGUGCUCAUCGUCUGCACGUUCCCCCAGGUCUUCUCGCGCGACUACACCAGCCGCAUGCUCACCCCUGCCACGCAGAUGAUGACGCUGCUCGCCGUGUUCCUCACGCUCGUCAUCCACCACGCCCGCCUCGUGGAGAUCAUCUCGAGACUCGACUUCCUGUGGAAGCAGCAGGCGGCCCGCGAGCUGGAGGAGAUGCUGGAGACGCGCCAGAACAACAACCAGCUGCUGCUCAACAUUCUGCCGGACCACGUGGCGACGCACUUUUUGUCGCAGGACCGGCCGCCCGAGGAGCUGUAUUCUCAGGCCCGCGACAAAGUUGGCGUUUUAUUCGCCAGUAUACCGAAUUUCACUGAGUUCUACUCCGAAGACAUCAACAAAGGCAUGGAAUGCAUUCGGCUGCUCAACGAAAUCAUCGUUGAUUUCGACGAGCUGCUCGACGAGCCGCGAUUCGUGGUCAUCGAGAAGAUCAAAACGGUGGGCGCAACUUACAUGGCGGCCUCCGGUCUCAAUCCUUCUCACCAGCCCGGCGAGGACGAGUGGGACCACCUGUGCGCCCUGGUGGACUUUGCGCUGGCCAUGAAGACCCGCCUGGAGGACGUGAACAAGCACUCUUUUAACCACUUCCAGCUCCGAGUGGGGAUCAGCUGCGGUCCUCUGGUCGGCGGAGUGAUUGGCGCAAGGAAGCCCGUCUUCGACGUGUGGGGCAACACGGUGAACGAGGCCUCCCGCAUGGACUCCACCGGCACCAUGGGCAUGAUUCAGGUGCCGAAGGAGACGGCCCAGGUGUUGGAGGCCCGGGGCUUCCUCCUGCAGCCGCGAGGACUGGUGGAGGUCAAGGGCAAGGGUCGCAUGGAGACCUCGUACGUGGUGGGGCGGCGCGCGGGCCGCGCGGCCGGCUUCCAGCGCCAGGCCUCGCAGUACAGCUCGCUGGCAGCCGUCGUGUACGGCAUGGUCCAGGCGCGGCGCAGGCAGACGCUGCGCUCCAAAGCUGUCAAGGGCCCGGGUGUCUUCAGUCCGCUGGCUGGGCUGGCGGGGGCCGUGGGUGCUCUGGGCGCCUCCGUGGCGGACCAGGGGGUGGCGCUCUGACUACCCCCUCACCCCCACCCACGGCCACCCCCGGCCAACCCCGGCAGCGCCCUCGUCCCAGUGGAACGGCUCCUUUGGGGGUUCCCUUAGAGACUUCGGCGGCGGGGUCGGAACCGACAUGGGUCCAACCCACCAGAUCGGCGGCGGCCUAGGUCGCGCGCGGAGUCAGGGGCGGAGCGUGGACCAGCAGGGCCGGUCCUCAGCCCGCAGCCGACUGACCAACUUCAGCAGCUUUCGG